CCCCUAGUUAUGAGGGCUGUGGCCAGAGGAAGGCCGUUCCAGAGGAGGGAAAGGGGGGCGUGGGGAAGAGACAGCAACUCUCAGAGCUUCAGUUUUCUCAGCUUCAAAAGACAAUAGCAAAAGGGGCCUCUCAAGAUAAAAGAAGGGGGUGGAACAAUAUGUGAACACCCUGGAAACUAGGAAGUGGCCUGUCAGCAUGGAAUGAUUGCUGAAGAGUUCCUGAGGUGCCCGCCUAAGCCGCCCCUUUCCAAGUUCCUGCCCGGCCCCACGCUCCUCAGACCCAGGCCACCGGAGGUAAACACAGGACAUAAAUGAAAAGGGAGAGGGGCGCGGUGAAGAAAGGAGAAAGGAAGUGGAGCAGGGUGAGGGGUGAGAGGCAGAGAGCAUGUGGCUGGAGCCCCCCACCUCCCAGGAAGGCAGGAGAGGGUGACCUGGGAUGCUCUCCCCCGUCCCCGGCUCCCUUCCCGGGGAGGGGAGUGCUCCCCGUGCGGACACAGCCCGGCAGGUGGAGGAGGGGUGAGGGCGGCGCCAAGGGUAAUGAAUAAUUGAAGUAGAGGGAGGAGGAAGACGAGGAGAAGGAGGAAGAGGGGGAGGCUGGAGCCGCCACAGCUCAGGGUCCUCCCCACUCCGCACCCCACCCCCUCCGCCUCCCGGAAGUCGCUCCCCGCCUCCCGCUCCGCCAACAUGGCCGCGAAGUCUGAUGGAGCGGCGGCCGCGGCCAGCCCGGCGCCGGAGGGGGCGGCUGGGGGAGCCCGGGGCAGCGCUGGCGCGCGCGGGGAGGCGGCGGCCGCCGAGGGCCCCGAGGUGGCCGGGCCGGGGGGCUCGGCGCCCCGCUACGGGCUGCGGGACUGCUGCUGGGUGCUGUGCGCGCUGCUCGUGUUCUUCUCCGACGGCGCCACGGACCUGUGGCUGGCGGCCUCCUACUACCUGCAGGGUCAGCGGAUCUUCUUCGGCCUCACGCUGCUGUUUGUACUCCUGCCCUCGCUGGUGGUGCAACUGCUCAGCUUCCGCUGGUUCGUGUACGACUACACGGAGCCCGCGGGGACCCUGGGACCCGCCGUCAGCACCAAGGACAGCGGCACCGGCGGGCUCUCCGUCAGCACUAAGGACAGCGCCACCGCCUUCCUGGCCAAAGAGGGCGGCUCCGAGCUGGGAUCCCGGCCGCCCGCGCCCUCCUCGGCCAGCGCCCACCGCCGCCGCUGCUGUCGCUUCUGCGUCUGGCUGCUGCAGACUCUCGUCCACCUCCUGCAGCUCGGCCAGGUCUGGAGGUACCUGCGCACCAUGUACCUGGGGCUGCAGAGCCGCUGGCGCGGGGAGCGGCUGCGGCGCCACUUCUACUGGCGGAUGCUGUUCGAGAGCGCGGACGUGAGCAUGCUGCGCCUGCUGGAGACCUUCCUGCGCAGCGCGCCGCAGCUCGUGCUGCAGCUCAGCCUGCUGGUGCACCGCGGCGGCCGCCCGGACCUGCUGCCCGCCCUCUCCACCUCCGCCUCCCUCGUGUCCCUGGCCUGGACGCUGGCCUCCUACCAGAAGGUGCUGCGGGACUCGCGAGACGACAAGCGGCCGCUGUCCUACAAGGGCGCCGUGGCGCAGGUGCUCUGGCACCUGUUCACCAUCGCGGCCCGCGGCCUGGCCUUCGCGCUCUUCGCCAGCGUCUACAGGCUCUACUUCGGCAUCUUCGUCGUGGCCCACUGGUGCGUCAUGACCUUCUGGGUCAUCCAGGGCGAGACGGACUUCUGCAUGUCCAAGUGGGAGGAGAUCAUCUACAACAUGGUGGUGGGCAUCAUCUACAUCUUCUGCUGGUUCAACGUCAAGGAGGGCCGCAGCCGCCGCCGCAUGACCCUCUACUACGGCAUCGUCCUGCUGGAGAACGCGGCGCUCACCGGCUUCUGGUACGCCAGCCGCAACUUCUCCGCCGACCUGCACUCGCUCAUCCUGGUCUGCGUGGUGGCCUCCAGCUUCGCGCUGGGCAUAUUCUUCAUGUGCGUCUACUACUGCCUCCUGCACCCCAACGGGCCCAUGCUGGGCCCCCAGGCGCCCGGCUGCAUCUGCCCGGAGACCCCAGAGCCCCGCGGCCCGCCGGCCGACGCCGUCACAAGCCCCCCGAGGUCCCUGCCGAGGACUACAGGCGCCGAGCGGGAUGGGGUCUCGGUGGGGGGGGAGCGGGCGGGGACCCCCACGCCGCCUGUCUUCCAGGUGCGGCCCGGCCUGCCUCCCACACCGGUGGCCCGCGCCUUGCGGACAGAGGGGCCCGUCAUUCGGAUUGACCUGCCUCGUAAGAAGUACCCCGCGUGGGAUGCGCAUUUUAUUGACCGCCGGCUCCGGAAGACCAUUCUGGCGCUGGAGUACUCCUCGCCCGUCACGCCCCGGUUGCAGUACCGGAGCAUGGGGACCUCGCAGGAGCUACUGGAGUAUGAGACCACAGUGUAGGCCACAGCUUCUCCCCCCAGAAAGGGAUGGGCUUGGCUGACCUCAUAUCGACCACAGUGUUGAGCCUGGGAUUUCAGGGCCGCCAGGCUAAGGGGAAGCAGAUCUGCUGGUCCAAGGGUAGAGUGGCUCCACCACUGGGUUCUUUCAGGGGAGGGGGCAGCCUCAUGGAGGCCUCAGCCCUCGGCCCUGUUUCCAGCCCUGUGGCCCAUUUUCUAACACUCCCCCCCCUCGACCCAGGGCCCAAGGGAUUAACUGGUGCUACACGCCUCAUGCGCUGCCCGCUUUCACGGAGGCCUCCAUACCCCCUCUGGUGCUGGGGGCUCCACACCCUCUCCCCCACCUGGAGCUGCCCACGUGUCCCCCCGGUGGACUUGUCAGAGGAAGGGCCCCGUCUGAGGUCCGUGACUGAGGCCCUGUGCUCCUGAGGGGGUGCUGGGGAUGAAGGAGGCUAUGGAAGAUGGGGGGUGAGGUGGGAGAGUCUGGUGGACGAGGUGGGUACAGUUCCUGUGGGGCCCAAGGUUUGGAGCUUGGGCCAGAGAGGAGGAUUUAAGGGAGGAAGUUGGGGUGGGUGGGGAGUCGAGGGUGGGAGGUAGACAGUGCUAGAGCUGGAGGGGAGGGAGAACCCGAGACAUCUGAGGGGUUCGAGCUAGCUGGAACGCCAAGGGUCGUGGAUCCAGAGCACCGAGAAUGCUUCCCAAGUGAACUCCUCCAGAGUCUCCUGUUCGUGGGCUGGGCUAUGGGUGAGGUUCCAGACCCCUCAAGGGAAAUGCUUCCUGGAGUCGUUCUUUGUUCUAGACGAGCGUCUAAAGCGUUCCUUGUAGGAAAAAAAAGGGUUUGAAAGCAACAGGUAAAAUGUCUAGGAAGAUAUCCUGUCUGGGUUCAAUUAUAGAUGAGGUUCUAGCACAGUUAGCAGAGGAACUGUUCUAGAGGGACAUCCUUAGUUCUGGAUGAAGUUCUAGAUCACUUAGCUGGCCAGCUGGCCUAGGGCAUCACGGACCUGGAUUCUGUGGUCAGGCUGAGUGCACUGGGGCCCUGUGCUGUGCUCCGGGGCGUUGCAGAUCCUGCCAUGGUGGUGGAGGAGCGGCCUCUGGAACCCCAUGU